AUGACUAAAUCAAGGCGCCUCUCGGUUAGGAAGGUGGAGAAGUUUGAGAAAAACAUUACAAAAAGAGGAUUUGUGCCAGAAACAACUGUUAAGAAAGGCAAAGACUACCCUGUUGGUCCUUUGGUGCUCGGUUUCUUUGUCUUUGUUGUCAUUGGAUCAUCUCUCUUUCAGAUAAUCAGGACAGCAACCAGUGGAGGCAUAUGA